AUGCCUUUUGGUCAACUGAUGUCAGAGUUUGGUGGUACUGGAAGUGGUGGUUGGGUCCAUGGGGUCAGUUUCUCUGCCAGUGGGAACCACCUCGCUUGGGUCAGCCAUGAUAGUACUGUAUCAGUUGCUGAUGCCUCUAAAAAUAUGAUGGUUUCACAGCUGAAAACAGAGUUCCUCCCACUCCUGAGUGUGUCAUUUGUCUCUGAGAAUAGCGUGGUGGCUGCUGGCCAUGACUGCUGCCCGAUGCUGUUUAAUUAUGAUGAUCGUGGCCCCUUGACCUUCGUCUCCAAAUUAGACAUUCCAAAACAGAGCAUUCAGCGCAACAUCUCUGCCAUGGAAUACUUCCGCAACAUGGACAAGAGAGCCACAACCAAGGAUCGCAACACUGCUCUAGACACACUACACCAAAACAGUAUCACCCAAGUGUCUAUUUAUGAAGUGGACAAGCAAGACUGCCGCAAAUUUUGCGACACCGGCAUUGAUGGAGCUAUGACAAUUUGGGAUUUCAAGACUUUAGAGUCUUCGAUCCAGGGGCUACGAAUCAUAUGA